UUAUGUUAAGGUCUCACACUAUAGAACUGACCUAUAAUAACUUAAUUUCCGAGGUAAAAAGUGCGAAAAAGUUGGCCAACCCGAAUAUGAUUUCCCAUUUUAUUUUUUUUAUAAUUCCUGCUAAACUGUUCUGCCAGAAAAAGCUACGAAGUAUCACAGCGCCCCACUCAGGCACGAAUGCGGAGAAGGUAGCCGGUCAGCUCAAAUCAGUUGUCAAUUACUGAUUCUUCACUUUACGGUCUAUUGUCCGCUGGUUCCUUCAUUGUUCGAUUUAAAUUUUUGCCGGACAAUUAACAAGCGAUAAGAUAAAUAAAAGAUUUUCAAGUUGCACCAAAGUGAAUUUUGAUCAUAAUGGAUAUUCCUCUCACUAAAAAGCAUUUAGACAAUUUGGGGUUUGUGGACUCGACGAUCCAAAUGGCGGACGCAACCCAUCCAAAGACGAGGGUCAAUCCUCACUUUUUGCGGGUCGAAAGGGAAGAGAAUCGCAAGUGGAGUGCCAUCCUCAUCAAGACGCAGGUCUGCCGAAGCUAUCCCAGAUGGGCAAACGUUGGGUUGGUUCCAGCCGUGCAACCGUUUACAAUCUACCUUGGUGUGGUUCUUGACCGAUGUAACCCGGCUAAUAGACGGGUCAUUAUCAUUGACCCGACAAACGCCCACUUUUACGAGGACGCUGCCACCAUUCCACCCGAGUCGCGGAUCUUUGCCGACGUAGGGGAAGAGAUUGUGAAGAACAUCCGCCAUGCGGUUAGAUGCAAAUGUGCAUCUGUGUCUGAAUGCACCUGCGGGGACGGGUGGACUGUUGAAUUUCUCCGAUGCAAGGAGUUCAAGAAGAAGGAAAAUGUCUCUUACAUGACAAUGGUGGACGAGUUGGGAUCAGCCGGCUGGUUCAACAGCGUGUUUCUCCACUACAUAAGCGAAUUUUCGAAAGGAGCGGUGGUCACCUCAUUUGGCAAGGAGGACAAAACCCGACCAACUUACUGGGCAAACGAGCUGUUUGAAGCCUCCCAAGAGAUGCUAAUCACUGAUCUGAUGUAUGCGAUGGGUUUUGGGGACGCUGAGCCAAUAAACCCAGCCCUGAAAUGUGGCACUUGUUGGAAGGAGGAUGUUUUCAAGGAGGGAAUUCUGAAACGCUGUUCGCGAUGCAAAGUGAUCCGAUACUGUUCAGAAAAUUGUCAAAAACAAGACUGGCCGAACCACAAGAAAGUUUGUGUGGAGUCACCUCGCUAAAAUUGGCGACCUGGUUUUACGAAUCGGACCGUUAUCUUUGUUACGACCACUCAAUCUAAUCUACUUAAAGUAUGAGAAUGAUGAUGAGGAAGUAAAUGUUUAAGUAAUUACUACCAUGUUUUUAAAGUUGAUAAAAUUUUGUAAAAUAAUAUGAUUUCUUAACCAAGCAUUUUCAAAAUAUUUAAUAAUUUCCGGAAAUUUAUUUCAAAUAUUUCAUUUUAAUUUUAUCAGAUAUUAACAAUGUAAUAAAAAGUUAAGUUUGCGAAAAUUAUCGCACAAACUUCGAA